UUCCUUGUCAGCUCUAGCUCUAGUAUUCAAUAGUAUUUAGUUAUAUUCCGUUUAUAAACACCCUUAAAAUUACAAAUGGCAUCCAGAAAAUCGCUUUUCAAUAUACGAACGGCGCUCCGCCAUGAGUCCAAUACCGAUUAUAUUGACGAUAUUGAAGAAUAUAGUUCCGGAUCGUUGCGUCCAGUGCUCUUUGUGUUCUACACUCUGGAGACGGUGCUCAACAUGCUCUGCAUGGGCUUUCACGUCACCGGCUUCCAAGCCAUCCAAUUGGAUCAGUUUGGUUGGGAGGAGCAGGCGAUGGCCUCUUUUUACCUAGUCAUAUUCUAUGUCUUUAUGGCGCUUACCCUUUUCCAGAGCAUCAACAUCUGUACGGGCCACACCCCGACCAUUACAUUAGAAUUGAUUAAGACCAGCGCAGCGACCGUCGCCUUCUUGGCGGUAUCCUUGGGAACGAUGUGGGACGCCGAGCGGCAGUUCUAUAUGUUCGGUCACGAUCCGGAACAGGAGCACAGCUCGACCAAGUAUAUCAACUAUGAGCCGGUGCAUCCGUUCUUCGUCUAUAUGCGCAGCCAGUCAAUCUCCGCCUUGGCCUGUUCAGUGCUCUACUUGCUCCACACCUGCCUCAUGUUCGAUUACAAACUGACCCAGAAACGGUCGAAUAGCGACGAGAGCUACAUGCCCAUUUCACUGUUUGUCUUUGGGCGCUGGGUGCACACCAAACUGGAGACAUACGAGUGGUUCAAAGAGUUCUCCAGCAACGAUUAUAUAAGGGUCUAGGUGAGGACUGCCACGAUGGAUAAAGCUAGAACAACCCAUUUUAUGUAUUGAUAAAUGUCUCUAAAUUUAUAGUAGAAAAAUUAGCAUCUAUUUUUGAAUAAUAAUUAAAAUAAAUUAAUACAAGUUAAGGUGAAAUAAUGACAAGACA